AUGUCGCUCUCCGUGCUGCAGCCUAGCCAGCAGAAGCUGGCGGAGAAGCUCACCAUCCUCAACGACCGGGUCGUCGGCAUGGUCACACGCCUCUACAACAUCAAGCAGGUGCGCACGGGCCGGCGGGCGCGGCGGGCAGGCAGAGGCGGGAGGAAGGGCCGGGGAGGCCUGGGCCCUGGGGGCAGCGGGCGGCGCCUGGGGCGGAAAGCGUGGCCUCGCGGCGGCAGGCCCGCCCAAGAUCGCCGGGAUGCGCCGGAGCCUAAUGCGGAGCCCUGGCGUCUCUCCCGCCGGGUCGCGGCCCAGCCAGGGGCGGAGAGGAGCCAUUUGCCCGCUCCCAGCAAUGGGAACUGGCCGGCCCGGCGCGGGGAGGCGAGCGCCGCCAAUGCGCCUGGCGCCUCGCAGGCCUUCGGGGCUCCGCCAGCCCCUCGCAACCCGCCACACUUGCAAGGAAACCCAGGCCCCCAGGCUAGCGCCCCUGGGCGCGCCGUGCAUUGUCAUAACAACCGGGCGCCAGCCGCAGAGGCCGCCGGGGAGGAAGUGACGAGCGGUUGGCUGGCUGUUGUUGGGACACGUGACCCGGGCAGUGUUUUGACAGGGCAAACGGCCGAGAAAGAACUGGGCGAGCGAGGGGGCCGGGGAGUUGGGGCGCCAGAGCUAGAGACAGCGGGCGGGCGAGGAGCUGGCAGAGGCGCUGGGCGAGCGGGCCGGCCGGGUCGACAAGCGGCCAAGGCCCGAGGGCCGCGGGGCUCGGGUGCGAGUAGGACAGAAAGAGGGGCUGAGCGUCGGGAGUGGAGCGAGGCGGCGCCCAAGGCGGGGGUGGAAGGCCACAGGGGUGCCGGGGAGCCGCGUCGGGCUUGUAGUCUCGGGCCCCCAUGGUCCCCUAGCGCAGCCUCGGGGGCCGCUGCGCGCCACACUCUGCUUUCGCCGGCCCUGCGCCUCUCGGAGCCUCACGUCUGA